AUGAUGGUAAGGAUGACUUUCCACCCCACCAAACUCAAAGUUCGCUUCUUCUCCAGUCCUUCCCCUGACCUCAGCCAAGAGGAGGCCUGCUGGAGCCAUCUCACCCUCGUCAGCACAAAUCUUUUGGCCUCGGCAGCUGGCAAGGGCCUGAAAAGGGAGCGUUCUGCAGCAAUAGAACACAUGUCAGCUGAUCAGAUUAAGGAAUACAAUGUCUUUGAGAUGUUUGAGGAACAGGGUAAUGGGGAGGUGAAGACAGGCAAAUUGGAGCAGCUUACAAGCUUGCUAGGCACUGUUCCCGCCAAGAGCAAGAUGGCCUUUAUUACCGAGGACAUGGAUGAAGACAACAAAGGGUUCUUCAACUGUACAGUGAGUGACAGUUUCCUGGCACAGAUGGAGAAGACCCAGAAUCAGGAGGGUGAACAGAGGGCAGCUUUCUGGGUCUUUGGCAAGGAGAGUAAGGGCUACAUAGACUGGAACAUGCUCAAGUAUGUGCUCAUGAAUGCUAGUGAGCCCCUCAAUGAAACGGAGGCUGGGCAGAUGAUAAAGGAGGCUGGCAAAGAUGGGUUACUGUCCCAGCCUAGAGGAAAGGAUUGGUGA